AUGUAUACAGAAGAAUACAACGAUAUCUCCAUUACCUUGUCGCAGUUUGUGCUGAGACUCACAGGUGUCUGGAUAACGGCUAACAACUCCGAGGAAAGACAACGCAUACUCGUUGCAUCUUACACGGUCCUCAUGAACAUGUAUGGAUUAUACCUGAAUCUCGGUGAUGCUUAUUGCAGCCAGGGUGAUUUCAGCCGUUGCAUUUUCCUGAUUUGUAAUACACUAUGUAUCCUGCUGGGUUUAUUCAAGCUUCUAGUAGUAAACAUUCGCAGAACGGCAUUCAAGGAUCUAAUAUUAUUCGCGCGGCAGAAUUUUUGGCAUUUCAAAUAUGAUCGCGAAGAGAAAGUACUUUUCAUGAAAUGCCGGCAGUUUUGCAAACUGUGGGCUAUAACUGCGUGUAGUUUCGCGCAGGUCUCGUUGGCUUUCUAUAUAAUUACACCGCUCGCUGCAAACAUCGGAAGGAAUAAGUCAGACAGAGUACUUCCGUUCAAAAUAUGGGUCGAUCUGCCUGUAAGUGAGACACCGUAUUACGAAAUAAUGUUUGUAGUCCAGCUACUGGCAGUGCAACAAGCCGGUGCCGUCUAUAUGUGCAACGACACCUUUAUGUGUGUUCUCAACAUGCACGUGAUCUGCCAAUUUCGCAUACUGCAGCACAGGCUGUUGAAUCUGUGGUCGAUCAUCGACGAGAAACAAAUGAAUUCGAUCGAUUACGCAGACAGCUACUAUACAGCUUUGAAAAAAUGCAUCCAGCAGCAUCAAUCGUUGAUCGAAUUUUGCGACAACCUCGAACACGUUUAUACGUUGCCAAUCUUCGGCCAUGUUGUAGUCUUUAGCCUGUUAAUGUGCUUGGACAUGUACGAGAUAGUUUUGGCAGACGUACCUAUUUCGACGAGGCUCAUUUUCGUUUUCCACAUGAUCGGUAGCUUAGUCCACAUACUUUUCUUCACAUACAGCUGUCACGGAUUGAUAGAGGAAAGUGAGAAUAUUAGCAUGGCAACGUAUUCAGGUUGGUGGAUGGUUUUACCAAUGACGGAAACUGGCAAGAUGCUACGGAGGGAUAUAAAAAUGAUGAUGAUGAAGUCGAUGCGACCAUGCUACUUGUCCGCUGGAGGAUUCUUUCCUGUGUCUUUGGAAACUUGUACCGCCCUGAUUAGUUCAACAGUAUCGUAUUUCACUCUCAUAAAAGGAUCAUCCGGGAAAAUAACGGAAGAAUAA